AUGCGCUUGACAAACGAGUUCAUCAACAAAUGCAUUAUCAUCGCUGAGCGAAACGCUGGAUCUCUCCCUCCCUCCACCCCCGUGGUUGCAGAUAUUGAUCUCACAAAGGAUGUUGCAAAUCCUCUUCACCCGCCCACAGGCUCUAACUUGUAUCAUGCAACCCACUCGGACUACUAUGGUUUGCCCUCCAACCCCAUCUCCAUCUAUCACAUAAGGGACCCUUGGCCAAGACCUACUGGCCCCGAGGCUCAGCGCGUGCCGAGGGAGGCUAGACCCAUCUGCAACCACCCGAUCGCUCGCAUGUGGCGUGAGCUAGGUAAACAGGUCUACGAGUACUUCGAUUCUGUUGGCCUCAGGUGGACAAGCAUUGACCCUGUCCGCUUCGCUGAGGUCGGAAAGGGAGCCGGUCCCCUUUUCCUUUGGGUGGGUGUGAUGCCUGUGACUCUCUCCUGCAAGGACGCCGAACACGCGGCCGUGCACUGCCAGCAGAUUCUCGCAGAGUCUGAGAUCACUGGCGUUGAGAUCGCGUUCCGCGAAUCGGUUUUCACCCGGGAGCUCCAGCUGCAGAUGCAUCUGGCGUGCCAGCUCCUCAAAUACGUCCCCUCCGUUGACCCAACCGCCGAUGUUCGCAGCCCAUUCACUCCCACACUCGGUCUCCAAAUCGCUCCCAAAUCCUACCCUCACUUCGAAGGCACUGGUGGUCUCUACCUCCGCGAAGGCUGCGGACGCAAUCGGGUCCUCCUCACGGCCCGCCAUGUUGUUCUCCCGCCGAGCGAAUAUCGUAACGAGCUCUACGCCUGCAAGACUAACAGCUCGCCUUGUCGCGAUGACACCCUCCUCGGCAACAAGGCCUACCACAGCGCGCUUGAGUCCAUCAUGGUCCAGAUUGAGUGCAUGGCUCUCGUGGUUGACUAUUACAAAGACGAGCUUGAGGGUUUGGGGGAGGCCGUUGGCGGCGAGGACGCUACGGUAACCGAUGGGCGGGACAUUCAUACAAACGAUUUGGCGAAAGCAGAGAAGUCGAUAGAGGCACUGAGCGAUUUCCACGGCAAGAUCACAAGGUUCUGGAGCAUAGAGAACCAACGCACACUGGGGCAUGUCCUCCAUGCCCCUCCGAUUUCCGCUCUUGUUAAGCUACACCACGAGAAGAUCGACUGGACUGAGUUCAAGGGCAACGUUAUUUAUCUCGGAAUCAGAAUGAUGCCCGCCGAUUUCGUCAUGAAGAUGCGUCCUCACGUCAAGACCCGCACCUCCUUCAAAUAUCCGCGUGGCGGCCUCCUGCAACUUCGAGGUGUUGUCAAAGAAGACGAGCUACGUCACCCAACUAUGCUCGACGCGAACGGCGAAGAGUGUCUCAUCGUUGUCAAGAACGGCAACACCACCGGCGUAACCAUCGGUCGCGUUUCCAGUAUCGAAUCCUUCGUUCGGGAAUACGACGACUACAAUAUCCACUCUACGUCCAUGGAGGUAGCCAUCUACUCGUACAGCCAUGAUGACGGUGCUUUCUCCGCCCCCGGGGAUUCUGGGUCUAUCAUCGCUGAUGCCAAUAGUCGCAUCCUUGGCAUCCUCACGGGUGGCACUGGCCAGACAGACUCUACCGAUGUUACCUAUGCGUCGCCAUACUACUGGGUUGAGGAACGUAUUCAGAAGGCUUUCCCCGACUCUUACCUUUACCCGACCACGGCCUAG